AAUUAUUGCCCUCCCUCCCUCUAAAUAAGCUCUGCCCGAUAUUUCCACUGUACUCUUAAUUUCUUAUCCGGCCAACUGCUUCGCUCCCCUUGCUGCGGCUGUCUGUCUUUUAGAUCGGUUUCCUAUGAGUACUGGAAUGGAGAAGAAGGUCGCCAACGCCGUUGGCGGCAAGACGGCUCGGCCGUGCGAGGAUUGCCGCAAGCGGCGCGCUCGCUGGUACUGCGCCGCCGACGAUGCGUUCCUCUGUCAGGCGUGCGACGCCGUAAUUCACUCCGCCAACCCUCUGGCUCAGCGCCAUGAGCGCGUCCGUCUGAAGACUUCGUCGUCGACUUCGGUCAGGACCGAGGACGGAGGCCUCUUGCCUUCGUGGCACAAGGGAUUCACAAGGAAGGCCCGGUCCGUCAGGCCGCACCCACAUGCUAAGGCGACUAAGUCCGAUCAGUCGGCGGAGCCAGCGUCUGGCGCCACCAACCCGCUGCUGGUGCCGGAGCUCGGAGAUGAACUGCAGGAAGAGAACGAGGAACAGCUUCUGUAUCGCGUUCCCAUAUUCGAUCCUAUGGUUGGUGAAUUCUGCUCCUCCGGGUCUAGUACCACUACUGCAACCACCACCACCUAUAGUCCUGAGGAUCAGAAGCCUUCGGUGGCUUUGGAUUCAAAUGACCAUGACAUCGAUGCGGCCAAUUGUGGUCUUGACAAUUUUCCGUGUUUCCUCCCUUCCGAUGUCGAUCUCGCCGAUUUUGCGGCCGAUGUAGAGAGCUUGCUGGGCAGGGGCCUUGACGACGAUUCCUUCUGCAUGGAGGGGCUGGGCCUCUUAGACUCGAGAGACCAGCCUGAGUUGGACUGCUUCGCCAGCAGGGUCAAGGUAGAAGAGGAGGACGAGGCACAAGAAAGGGUCGCAGCAGAGAUGGCCGUGUCGAGAGACGCCUUGGAGUUCAAUUUCGAGUACGACAUGCCCACGACGGGGGAUGAAGAAGAAGAGAAGGUUCAGGUGAGCUGCACGUCGGAGGGAGACGGCGGCCAUGGCGGAUUGGCAAAGCGGAUCUGUUUGCGUCUCAACUAUGAAGCCGUGAUAACCGCCUGGGCCGGGCAGGGUGCACCUUGGACUACCGGAGAUCGGCCGCAGCUAAGCCUGGACGAGUGCUGGUCCGACUUCAUGGGUAUGAACAUGGAGAUGAGCUCAUACGGUGAGGCCGGCGUUGGACUUCGCGUGGGGAUUUGCGACGGUGGGAGGGAAGCGAGGGUGUCACGGUACAGAGAGAAGCGCAGGACGAGGCUUUUCUCCAAGAAGAUACGUUACGAAGUUCGAAAACUAAACGCAGAGAAGAGGCCGAGGAUGAAAGGCAGAUUCGUGAAGAGGACCUCUGCUUUUGCUGGGCCUGCAGCUUUUCCUUACUAGUAGAACAUGCAAUUAAGCGUUUACAGGCGGAGAAUUUCGCGGCGCUUCUGAUCGGUUGAUCAGCACCUCUUUGUGCUUAACCAACCAGAAUCAUUGUGUUCAGGAAGAAACGCUUAGUGCCUUAUAAGGCGCUUCAAAUUGAUAUGCUGAUUAAGUUUUUCCUUUUCCCCCUUUUCGUGAAUGGAAGGAAAAUAACUUCAGAAGCCUUCUUCAUCUUCCGCUUCCAUUGCUGUCAAGAGUACUACUGACGAAAUCCCUCUCUUUUUGCAGGGACUGUUGUACGUAUGAUCCCCACAUGUAAAUGCAUAAAUACAUUUAACCU